GCCCCGCAGUGCUUCUGCCCCUACAAGGUUCGUGCCGCCACAGGGGAGGGUCCCGGCCCCCGGCUCCGCCCGGCCCCUCCCCGCCUUUUAGGCACCCGCGCGCCUGAGACCUCCCAGUCCCGCCCGGCCCUCCUCGCCUGCUGCCCGAGCGCCCGGUCCUCGCAGCCAGCACCGUCCACUAGGCCUGUACUGCCCACCGGCCCGCCCCCCGCCGCAGCCAUGGACGCCAUCAAGAAGAAGAUGCAGAUGCUCAAGUUGGACAAGGAGAAUGCCAUCGACCGUGCUGAGCAGGCAGAAGCCGACAAGAAACAAGCGGAGGACCGCUGCAAGCAGUUGGAAGAGGAACAGCAGGCCCUCCAGAAGAAGCUCAAGGGGACAGAGGAUGAAGUGGAAAAGUAUUCUGAGUCCGUGAAGGAUGCCCAGGAGAAACUGGAGCAGGCUGAGAAGAAAGCCACCGACGCUGAAGCAGAUGUGGCCUCCCUGAACCGACGCAUCCAGCUGGUAGAGGAGGAGUUGGACCGGGCGCAGGAGCGUCUGGCCACAGCCUUGCAAAAGCUGGAGGAAGCUGAGAAGGCAGCCGAUGAGAGCGAGAGAGGCAUGAAGGUCAUUGAAAACCGGGCCAUGAAGGAUGAGGAAAAAAUGGAGCUGCAGGAGAUGCAGCUGAAGGAGGCCAAGCACAUCGCUGAGGAUUCAGAUCGCAAAUAUGAGGAGGUGGCCAGGAAGCUGGUGAUCCUGGAAGGGGAGCUGGAGCGCUCAGAAGAGAGGGCCGAGGUGGCUGAGAGUAAAUGUGGGGACCUAGAGGAGGAGCUGAAAAUUGUUACCAACAACUUGAAAUCCCUGGAGGCCCAAGCAGACAAGUACUCCACCAAAGAGGAUAAAUACGAAGAGGAGAUCAAACUUCUGGAGGAGAAGCUGAAAGAGGCUGAAACUCGAGCAGAGUUUGCCGAAAGGUCUGUGGCCAAGUUGGAGAAGACCAUUGAUGAUCUAGAAGAUGAAGUCUAUGCACAGAAGAUGAAAUACAAGGCAAUCAGCGAGGAGCUGGACAACGCCCUCAACGACAUCACCUCUCUCUGAUCUUCUCACCACUGUGGCUCCUCAGCCCCCUUCUCUCCUGUCCUUUCCAGUCUCUCUAUGGGGAGAGGGCAGGCAGGAGGAGCAAAAAUUAGCAACAUUGCACAGUCAGGCUGGAAGCAGCCUCCAGAGUGCCCCCAUCAUGCCCGCCCCCCACUCUGGCACUUGCUUCAUCCUUCUGCCUAUCUGCUCCCCACAACCUUUGGGUAUCACCUCUCUGUGCUACUCAAUAAACUCUUGCCUUGGUCUCCA